GUAUGCCUCCUAAUUUUGCAAUCAUCAAUGCUACAGAGGAAGGACCAAAUGAAAUCGUCACAGAAAAUAUCAUUGAUAAGAAAAAUUACACCGUUGCACCGGCAAAUCAAAUGAGCUUACCUUCCCCGCCAGCGUGUGGCAGAGCUAAUAUAGGAAAUCGUAUAUUUGGUGGUAAUGAAACCAGUAUCGACGAAUAUCCCUGGACAGCGCUGCUGCUUUAUACCAAUAGCGAUGACGACUUAGAUUUUCUAUGCGGCGGUUCUCUUAUUAACACAAAUUUCAUACUCACCGCAGCGCAUUGUAUAGCCGAACGUGAUCUGCCGAGAGAUUGGCAUCUCACUGGUGUGCGUUUGGGUGAAUGGAAUACCAGAACGGAGCAGGACUGUGAAUAUGACAAUAAUGGCAAUACAUUUUGUGCGCCAGCGCAUCGUGAUAUCGAUGUGCAGACAACAACAAUUCAUCCGCAAUACAACAGCGGUUCUAAAGUAAAUGAUAUAGCUUUGUUGCGUCUAGCAGAAAGCGUGGAUUAUACAGGUUUUAUAAGCCCCAUAUGUCUACCUUUGACGGCGAGUCAGCAAGCGGCGAAAUAUGAAGGUGCCGCAGCGGAAAUUGUCGGUUGGGGAGCAACUGAAAGGAGCGCACAUAGUGAAAUCAAAUUAAAAACAAUUGUCACAGUUAUGACUGCCACUCAGUGUGGUUUAAAUAACUUGCGUAGUCGAAUUACAAUUGGUGAUAAGCAAAUAUGCGCGGCUGGAAUUGGUACCGAUUCUUGUCAUGGUGAUUCUGGUGGGCCACUUAUGCUACUGGAGACAGAGAAUGGCAAAGUGGCUUAUCAUUUGAUUGGUUUGGUUUCGUUUGGCACUGGCAAUUGUGGACAGACGAGGACGCGUGGCAUUUAUACACGUGUUGGAGCUUAUCGGCAGUGGAUCGAGGAGACUAUUGCGAAAUAGUUUUUGAAUAUAUAU